AAUUUUCACAAGUGUAUCAGUCUGAGAUAGAAAAGUUUAAGAAAUCUUUAUUUGUUAGGAACGAACUGUUAAUUUACGGCCUGAGCACGCACAGAACAGAAUGACCCACAGGAAAAAAUAAAAAUCAUACAUUUUAACAAACUUGUACACAAAAAAAAAAAACCACAAUUAAACCUUCUUUUCUUUUCUUUCUUCUAUUCUUUUUUUCGUUCGUUUGGUUCCCGCAAUCACGGCAUCUCGAAGCAUCAACACAUUAGCACACUAUUGCUAAAUCAAUACACUCAUUCAAAAGCGGUGACGCAUAAACCAGAUUUAUGAAUUCAACAACAACCUUGGGCAACGAUUCACUAAGUAUAGUCGAACCUCAUGGCGCACUAUAUAAAAUUAUUGGCGUAUCGUUAGCAAUAGCGAGUGGUGUCUUUAUUGGUAGUAGUUUUGUAUUCAAAAAGAAAGGAUUAUUACAAUCAACCGAGAAAUCAGGUCGAAAUGCUGGCGAAGGAUAUGGAUAUUUGAAAUCGACGAUGUGGUGGACAGGAAUGAUAUUAAUGGUUGUUGGGGAAGCCUGUAAUUUUGUUGCAUAUGCAUUUACACAAGCAAUAUUAGUGACACCCUUAGGAGCAUUAAGUGUUGUGUUAAGCGCUGUCCUUUCCUCUGUUUUUUUGAAAGAAAGACUGUCGUUUCAGGGAAAAGUAGGUUGUUUACAAUGUGUCCUCGGUGCAAUCAUUAUUGUCAUGCAUGCACCAGAACAAGGUGCAGCUGAUAAUUCCAUUGACACUUUCAAGUCCCUUAUGUUUUCUGUGGGAUUUUUGGUUUACGCCUGCUUAGCUGUCGGCAUCUCUCUCUUCUUGGUGUUUUAUUGUGGGCCACGUUGGGGAUCCAGCAACAUGUUGGUCUACAUCUGUAUUUGUUCUUUGAUUGGCUCUCUCUCCGUUGUCUUUACUCAGGGCAUUGGAGGUGCCAUUGUUCACUCUCUUACUAUCCAGAAUCAAUUCACCAACUGGUUCGUGUAUUUAGUCCUGAUUUUAACGUUGGUAACAUUGGCAGUAGAGAUCAUCUAUCUCAACAAAGCGCUGAAUAUUUUCAAUACAGCCGUCGUCACACCUACUUAUUAUGUCAUUUUCACCACUCUCACAAUUGUCAGUUCUAUUACCUUUUACCGAGGAUUCGAUGCUUCGCCAGUCAAUGUUGUUACUUGUGUAUUUGGAUUUUUGAUUAUCUGUUCAGGAGUGGCUUUAUUACAGCGUUCAAGAAGUGAAAAGUCAGCAAAUGGGACCGGUGAUGAUAUGGAUGACGAAGCUUUUUUGAUGGAUGAUCAUCGUGAACGAUAUCUACCCUCUGUUGGAAGUGAAAAGUUCUUAUCAUCGGAGGAAGAUGAAGGAGAAGAUGGAACAGAACAUGUAGAAGUAUCCACCUCGGCAAGAAGAAAUUCUUUAUUAUGGCAUCGAUCAAAACCAUCUAUGGAGGAAUACAAUAAUGUUGAAUUGGCUGCUUACUCGAACGGUGUUUCCGAACUUACAGAGAACAUUGGGCUAUCAACGCUGAAAAAACCAAACAUGACAACGACAUCAGCAUUAUCGAACAAUAAUAAGGAUUCAGGUAAUUUGUCAACAAUAGAACCGGUUUAGGGUGAUGUGGUAGUCAUGCAUUGUCGUUUUGAUUCUUUACUCUACAUCCUAUAGUGAACAUAUCCGUGAAUAAUAGCUAUGAAGAAACGAGCAGUCAUAAUUCAAGAAGUAAUGUUAGAAGAGCGCAGGAUUCGCUUGAUACAAUUACGACUAAGAGACUAGGGCUUAACAGGGAUCAUGACAACGAUACAAAAGGUCUAAUAAGUAAUGGUAACGAACAUGGAGACGAUGACUAUUUACUAUAAAGCACACUCUUGAUUUCGAUCAGAUUUGUAUAGUACUCUUUCUUAUUUUUUGUAUAUUAAAUUCUUUUUUGUGUUUAUAGUUCAAUAGACAGUUACCCCUUUCUACUUUUUAGUUUGCAUAUUUAUUCUAUAAUAUACACGCAUACACUCAUAAUAUAUCGUUUUUAUGUUGAUCUUUGAAUAGAGUGAAGAAAUACAUAUACAAUG